AUGAAACUUAAGAAAGAGUGCAAAGAUCUUUUAACAGAUCCUGAAUACUGGAAAACUGUUUCAGAACCAACUUUACUUAGUUUUUUAGCGUAUAGAAAAAAAACGAUCAUUGCAUCUCUUUCUCAGGACCAAGAAUAUUUACGAUAUCAAAGAAAUUUAGAAAAAAUUAUAUCAAAUUAUAAUCAAGGAACUAAUUGGCAUAAAACCGCGACUUUGGCAUUAAAAAACUUAAAGACACGUGAUACGAUACAAGCCUAUGAAAUUGGAAAAAACUACCUUUCACGUACCUCAUCUGUAGUUGAAAACAUAAAUGUUAAUGAUUUAUCUGACGAAAACACGUUUUUGGUAAACCAGAAUGUGGCCUCAUCGUCAAAAACAACGACAAUUACAUCCACAUCCACCCUCACCGCUAGUGACAACAAUGAUGAUGAAUCGGAGAUCUCAACCUCAUCAAUUUUAGGCAAGCGCGUGCGUGAAGAUAAAUCCGUCGAAAUGGAUGAAAUAAUUGUCGAUUAUACCAAGCAUCAAUUGUUAAAAGAAUAUUGCACUUUACUUUCUAAACUACAGCAUCAUCCAGUUGAAGAAGAAUCACAACGCGCUCGUCACCUUAUUAGCAUGUUAAGAUGGCAUGUAGUUGACCAAGAAAUGUUUAACAGCAUAGGUUGGACCAAAAUCCCACAGCGACACUUUGUUUCAAAACCAAGUUUUGGUUUAAGGCUCGUUUCUAAUGUAUUGAAACAGCACUCAAACAAUCAGCUUCAUCUGGCGGAACGAUCACUUCAAAAUUUGAUUAUGAAUAAUAAAAUCAAAGACAGUGAUCAUAGCUCGUUUAUCACAUCAAUUAUGCAAUUUUUUUCUCGGAAAUUAGAUGAUAAAUAUUUCGAUAUAGAUGCUUUGACAGUUGUAUCCGUUGUUUCCAGCAUGAUCUUAUAUACGCCGACAUCAUGCCGCGGUCUUGGAAGUUCCCCCUUUGAAAAUCACAUUAAAGCAGAAUUAUGGACAAAAAUAUUCUCUAAUGUUUUCACGCUUAAUAAAACGAAAUUUGUUCCUGUUUGGGAAUUACAUCAUCUAAUUUCUGGGAAUGGUAGUAGAGGUUCUGCCCGAUCAGAUUUUGGUGCUAUAGUUACAAAUCGCAACGAUUUACAAUUUCCCUUCUUUAUAGUCGAAUUUGAAAGAGGAGGCUUUGAGAUUCAUAAAGAUAACUUAGUAGUUGUAUCAGAGGCAGUGUACGAAUUUAAUCGUAUAUUAGCUUUGGCACAUGAUCUAUCGGAAGAAGAAGUUAACAGAACUCGUAUCCAUAUAGGUUUGGUGAAUGAUACUCGAAUAAGUUUUAGUACAAUUACACCUAAAAACAUCGAAAAUGCUUUACAACUAGUUACUUACUUGAGAGAAACCAUUUGUGAAGAUGGGCUGUGGAUCGAAACAAUCUUGAACAGGGAACCUACAAGAUACAAUUAUAAAUUAAAAACAUUAUUACCAAAACUACCAAAUGAAGCUCUCAAAUCAAGAACUUCUGAGACUAAAUUUACGCCACUUUCAAAAAGGAAGCGAUACGUCUUUUCAGAUACAUUGCAAUACACUUAA